AUGUCGAAUCCAGCACAUACCCCUUUACCCCAGGUCGGGAAGCUUGUGAGCGUUGUCCCGGUCGGUCUCAAAGAAGCUGCUCUCGACUCGCCCACCUUCCGUGCCACAACACUUCACUUUUCCGAUCAAGUCGACUUUAUAGAGAAAUGGCUGGAUGGAUAUGCCAAGGCUGCAACCAAGCUCUCAUCUGAGUUGACUGGUUUGGAGAGCGUUGUGAGCAAUUUUCUGUCCUACUCGACACACCCUCUUGUGGUCUCCGAGGCGGUUGUUGACCAUGACUAUACACUCCUGGCCAUGAGGAGGUGCGGAGAGAGCUCAAAAGAUCUUUGGAGCGGACUGGUUACAACAAUGAGGAAGUUGGAGUCGCUGAUCUCCGAACCCAUCCGAGACUUCAUCCACGAGGAUCUGCGCCAAUUCAAGGAAGUUCGUCGCAAUCUCGAGCAUGCUCAAAAGCAGUAUGACUACCUACAGGCCCGUUAUGCCUCACAGUCAAAAUCCAAGGAAGCCUCGGCUCUCAGAGAAGAAGCGUUCCAGUUGCACGAGGCUCACAAGGCAUACUUGAAAGCAUCGAUGGACUACUCGGUCCAUGGCCCCCAGGUACGCAAUGCGCUGGAUCGGCUUCUUGUCACGAUAUCCUGUGAUCAAUGGCGGGAGUUCCGGGGCUUCCACAACCAUAACAAUGGCACCUUCUCGAAAUGGUCCAAUGAGAUGGAUCGCAUCAAGGGCUGGCUCCAUGAAAUGGAAGUUAGUGAACGGUCUUCCAAGAAAGAGUUGCUUUCUACGAGAAAGUACAUCGAGGAAACAGCGGAGGCGACGGCUCGCCCGUCCCGAGAGCUGGAAGACUACAACAUCUCUACUGUUCCAUACCUAGGCUCGCGGCCAAUUUCAACUGUCCCAGUGAGCAAAGAGACGCGGCCCGAGAAGCAAGGCUGGUUGUACCUGCGCACACUGUCGGGAAAGCCCACUCGCCAUGUUUGGGUUAAGCGGUGGGCUUUCCUCAAGCACGGCAUCUUUGGGUGCCUUGUGCAAGGAUCCCGCACUGGUGGCGUCGAGGAAAGCGAUCGCAUCGGUGUACUGCUUUGCAGUAUCCGCCCCGCUUUCCAAGAAGAAAGGCGAUUCUGCUUCCAAGUGAAGACCAAGAACAACACCAUUCUCCUCCAGGCAGACAAUCAAAAGGAUCUGAUGGAGUGGAUCGGUGCAUUUGAGGCCGCCAAGCAAAAAGCGCUGGAGAACCCUGCGAGUACUGACCUUUCGGUCUCUGGAAAACACACGGUACAAGACCCUGCGUUUUCGAUCUCUCAACCCCCAGCCCCCGAAUUUGCUGCGGACCCUGCAGACUCCCUCGUUCCACAUUCGGGUGAUGAGUUCAGCUCGACAGAACGCAGUAUGACACUGCCUGUGCCAGAUCGAGAUGGAAAUGUCAUUAGGAAUAGCUCCGACAUUGCCAGUGGCAGGAGACCUACGGGCUUGGAUAGCGAGGGUUCAACUCGAGAUCAUGCCCGAGAGCAUACUUCUCGCCUUAUUCAAAAGUUGGAUCUCCACCGCAAAUCGAACAAUGCGGCCCCGAUAUCUCCCUCUAUUCCGGGUCCAGCAGGUGGGAUAGCCAGUCUCAUAUCUGCCAGUCACAAUAUCCUCCCUUACAGCACGAAUAUGCCAUUGAACCAAAAUGAUGAAAACGUUACCCGGGGUCGCAGUUUGAGCAGUGUGGAUGAGCCUGGCUCAAGCCUUGCGCCCGCCACGCUUGCAAAUCCCCCAGCGCCUACAAGCAUGAGCAAAGCCGCAGUUGUUGUGAGCAAUGAAAGAGGCAUUGGACUAGGUGUUUCUGACAGCACAGGUGGUAUGCCUAGCGGCAUGAUGGCGAACCUGUGGGGCAGUUCCAACUGGGGAUUCCUUAACAAGCUCCAACGUGAACAACGUGAUAUAGAUGCAGCAAAUGGCCCGGAGGGCCGCCCGUCUUCUACAAUAAGCGAUGGCUCAACCGCGACUAUUGCUGCCCAACCCGAUGUCACAAACAGUCCUGGAACCCAGAAGCAGUCUGGGCCACGCCACAGACAGACGGUCAGCCUUGACGGCGAUGACGUUAAGCUUACACAAGCUGCGUUAGGAAUCGGACAUGAAUAUCCCAGCUAUUAUCCCCAACAAUUAAGGAUACAGGAUGCUCAGUUCCGGUUGCUGUUCCCAGAUGUCAAGAGGGAGGAAGCAUUGGUCCUGGUGUUCAGGGCUACCUGGAGUCCAAAUGAUUCUCAAGAGUUCCCUGGACGAGCUUAUGUCACUACAAGAAGUAUUUACUUCUACAGCCACCACUUUGGACUCGUCUUGACGACCGGCGUCUCUUUAGAGAGUAUUAAAGAAGUGACAGCAGCACCUGGGCGAGACUGUGACUUCCUUUUCCUCCACACGAUCCCGCCACUUGGAAGCGACAUUCCUGGUCGAGUCACUAUCAAAACAUUCCUUGAACCAUUGAGAGUCCUUCAAAAACGCCUUAACUUCUUGAUACAAGGGUCCAUUGCCGUGGAGCAAUUAUCCCUCGAAUCUCUUAUUAAAGCGUUGAUCAAAAUGGAAUCCGUGUCCCCAACGCGAGAUUCCAGUGCAGACAGCUGGGAAGAUCUCUCGUCUGGACUCGCAGACAUCAAAGGCGAUAGGAAACACGCUGACCGAGGUCGUGAACAAGACAUGAAAAUUCCUAUUUACAUUGACAAGGAUCUUGACUUGGAGGCAAGCAAGGGUCCCCGAGGUCGAGAUAUCGCCAAAUUCAGACUUCCGACACAACCCGUGGAGUAUGUUCCGCAGGGUGACCUAGCUUUGGUUGCUGAAAAGGUACUUGACAUCAGCCCCAAAGCUUUGUUCCACAUCUUGUUUGGCGAUAAAAGUGCCGUAUGGCAGCUUUUGCUGCAUGAAAGGCAAGCACGCGAUAUCAAACAAGGCCCGUGGGUUGCCACGGAAUCGCGACAUUUGAGGCGUGACUUCAAUUACAAUAUCGGAGCAUCCGAUAUCCUUGGUCGCAACCAUGAAAACGGGAUCUCGGAUUAUCAGAUCAUUGACGUGCUGAACGACCACCUGUGCUACGUGGUCACGGAUAAGAAGACUCCAUGGCAUCUUCCAUUCAGACGCUCGUUUAGGUUGGUCAGCAAAGUGGUGAUCACGUUCCAUGCCAAAUCGAAGAGCAAGAUCGCCAUCUUCACCAAGGUCGAGUGGCUGUGGUCUCCGUACGGACUCAAAAACGUGAUUGACAAAAGAGCGAGUGAUGAUUUGGAACAAGACGCCUUAGAUCUUGUGGACCUGGUCAGUGACCAAGUACGCCGGCUUGAGGCACACAGUCGGACGAAAAAGGCAAUUACAAUUUUCGGCCACGUCGGACGCCAGAACCACGUUUCCCACUUCAAUGGCGCCGGAUCCAAUCUCAAACUGGAGCCUCGCAAGCCUCGCACGCCACGUAGCAUGCACGAGCUUCUCUUUGAAACGAUAUUCUCGUUCCUAGAGACCAGCGUCUCAUUCCUGAUGAUGUGGCUUUUCGGCAUGGUCCGCUGGUGCUGGAAGACCUUGAGUGCACACAAAAUCAUUCUGGUCCUGCUCGCCACAAGUGCGGUUAUGAACGGAUACUACUCAUCCCGGGAUAGCUGGGACUGGUGGCAUGAACGCCAUGCAAGUAAGUUCAUGGCGCGACUUGGCGUCCAGCCAAACCUUGUCAUGAGCAAAUCAAUCUACAUGCACGACAUCGAUGAGGCAGUCGCAAACUCGACCAUCUGGUCGUCAUCUAGCAAUGCAAGCAACUGCUUUGCUACCUUCCACGAGCAGACCAUGCGCUAUGCGGAAAUGCCGCUGUCACUCAGCUCGUCAGGUCCCCGUGAUAGCCUGACGAAGAGCGCCAUUAAACGCUUUCAGCAGACUCGUGAGCGACUCGGAAUGUACCGGUACAAUCUCCUCGUUGCACUGCGCGUGGUAAAUAGCAUCGAAAAAGAGGUCAUCCAGACUGAAUGGGAGCGCUGGCUUCGGGAAGAAAACCGACGCUGUCGACAGGUCGAAGUUCUCCUAGGUGGCGAGCAGCAAGAUGACUCCCAAGACCGAAACGCUAAGGCGGAGCGUGUGUUCGCUGAGCACGCAGAGAACGUCAAGCAGUGGUAUGAGGAAUACUGCUCGAGUUGUCGAUUGGAGCAGGAUCAAGUCUCGUUGAACGAACGUGGUGACCUGAUCCCUUGA